AUGCUUCGCCAAAAGGUCAAGACGUUGGAAGCUAUGAUUAGCUCUGCUCCAAAAUCGUCGUCCCCGCCCCUAUCUACAUCUGUCCCUGCGAAACGCCGGUCACCUUCGGACGACAUCCCUCCACGUCCCCAUCCACCACCACCACCUCGCACUCAGAAGCGGAGCAUAUCUCUAUCCUCAGAGGAUCAAAUUAAAUUACUCAAUCAGUUCUCACAAGUUCAACAUGUGGCAUACGAGUACACCAAUGUGCCUCCCAACCCCCACCCGGCGGGAGAACCCUAUGCGGCUAAGACAUCUGCCUUCCUUCUUGCGUCACACUUUUCCCCAAAUCCCGCCCUCCGGUCCUUGUCGACAGACCUCCUCGAAUGCACACGAGAUUGUAUAGAUGAGGCCAUACGCACGGCCGAUUUUUCACCUCGUUCUCUCACUCUCGCUCGGCCUAUGCCUUCAGCUGCUCUUGUGUUGGAUGCGAUUCAUGCUUCCACUCUAUUGGCCUCGUGGUUGCUGGUUCAAGGUCGCUGUGUCGAGUGUCAGCAAACCUUGUUCAGCGCCGCCAAGUUGGAUGGGCGCCUGUCGCCUUCUCACCUCCAACCCCUCGGAUCUUCCACCCAGCGCAGUGUGACUCCCGCUACCCAGAAUUUCGAAGCAUCGGCUGAAGGUCCAAUCAAGACAAUGAUUCCUCGCCCAGUCGGCAUUGCCGAUACCAAGAAUCGCGUGGGGAUACUAUGGCAAUUGCUGUGUCUUGAUUACACUGCCGCUAUUCUAAUGGGAUCCUCAGUAAACGUGUCCUUGCCCUGGGAAGACUGUCCUUCUGAGGUACGUGUCGAGACCAUAUGGCCCGAUUUCGACUCCAACGAGACUACAUGCACGUCCAUCGCCUCGCUUUUUCAUGCUAGUCGUAAAGCCUCACCCUCACCAAGCUUGGCGCCGACAGGGUCGACCCGCGCGGGAUCGCCCCCCUCAAGCGUGGAUCCUUAUGCUCUUAGGGCCAAGUCGGUCGUGCUUCUCGAGCGGGCUGUACGAUUGAGCGCCCAAAGUGAACGAGGAUCCCGUCCUUCGAGUCCUCGUUCACCCAACCAGGCGUCCUCCGGUCACCCAGUGGUAGGCGAUGCCACUCGAGCUGCGAUCAAAGAAACCGACACAGCUAUAUCGAACGUGCUUGAACAGCUGCCGACUGAGCGUUCGAUCGCCCUUCAUCCUCAUACUUUGCUCCUCUGCGCCCGUGUGCGUCUUCACGAAACACUGAUGUCCCAAGAGCAUGUUUCUCAGGUCGUCUGGGUCCAAUCGGCUGUGGCGAUUGUAAGGUUAUUGGAUGGAAUGCGUAUGGAUGACGUGGUGCGUGGCGCAGAUUUAUUGCUGGCGUAUGCGUGGAUGGCUUCGUAUAUGGUAUUGCUCCAUGAGCGUUACUACGUUCCUUAUCAUCCCGAGUCCGAGCACGUUGCCCGCAUCAAGUCGGAUUUAGACAAGCUAAAGGCAUUGCUUGACACCGUGGGCGUACGCAUGCCCGUGAUUGCUACGUUGUUCAAAACCUCAGUUGACCAGUUUAACGCCCUUCGGGAUCGUAAAUCCGCCUCACCUUUUGCCACGCCGCCUCCUUCCGACAACGGAGAAGUCAAGACAGAAGACGAACAUGACGAAUUGGUAGACGACGAUUAG